AUGACGGAAGAGCAGUAUACCAUCGUCGCUGGGGUCUUGAAAUUAGCCUCAGCAGUUACCUGUAUUGCUGUGUCCUUGUUCCUACUAUGUCCAUGGAUUGCUUACGCUAGAUUGCCAUCGUCCUUAAAAUCGCCAAUCAAUGGAAGAGGGCCGUUAUCAGCACUUCGGGCAUGCUUGAAUGAGAUCAACGCCAAAAACAAAAGUUUGACAAAAGGAUACGAAUUGUUUUCCAAAAACGGACAGUCUUUUGCAAUGCUGAACAUCAACUUUCGCCCUCAAGUCAUCCUACCCCCGGAGCAUGUGCGCUGGCUGGUCACCCAACCAGAGGAUAUCCUGUCUCAUGCCAAGGCCAGUGACGAUGCUGAUGCGCUGGGGUAUAUCUGGCCAUUGUUCGAUGCAUCAGCUUUGCACUCCUUCGCCAAAGUCCUCCAGAAUGAUCUGACUCGAAAUGUUGCACAGACAGAGCAGGAUGUCUUGACAGAAGUGCAGCACAUCAUGGAUGAGAUUGUCGGUCAGACGGACUCUUGGAAAGAGGUGAAUAUGGUUCAAGUCUUCGAAAGGAUCAUGUACCAGGCGACGCAGCGCGUUUAUGUGGGACUUGCUCUCUGUCGAGACCCGACAUAUAUGGCAUAUGUGAAAGGAUAUGCCCGCUCCUUGGGAACGGCUAUGGUGUUCGCAGCUCAGCUUACACCUUGGCCCCUCAGACAAGUUACAGCGCUGCUUGCGGGUUUGCCAGUUUACUACUAUGUCCUUCGGGUCCGAUCAUACCUGUCCCCACUAUUCAAGGAACGGAUGGAGCGGCUGAAAGCGAAAGAUAGGACGAAGGACAAUUUACUCGAAGGCGAGCCAGGGAACCUGAUUACCUGGAUGUCAAAUAGCGUGAUUGCCGGGGUCGGGCCUAAGUCGGUCAGCCCCAGCGAAAUGGUAACAUGGCUUGGAAUUUUGAUCUUGGCUGAUUGCGCACAUGCCCUCCUACCAACGGAUAAUCUCUGGACGACAUGCACAAAUGUACUUCUUGAUCUGCUGAGCUCCGAGUCGGAGCACGCUUACCUUGAUAGCAUCCGUGAGGAGGCAAAGUCAGUAUUCGCUUCAAGCAAGAAGUCUGGUCAGCCCGUGUCACACGGACUGAAUCAUAUCGACAGCGCCAUUCGGGAGAGCCUGCGGAUGAAUUCGCUAUCACCGAGAUCCCUCCAUCGGCAGGUCGUACGUCGUGGGGGGGUUGUGCUACCUGACGGACAGAAGGUCCCAACAGGGACUUGGCUGUGUGUUUUGUCCGGCAACAUCCAGAGAGACGACGACUUCUACGAUGAUGCACAGACCUACAAACCAUUCCGUUUUGUUCCAAAGCUGGCUGGGGCUGGGAGCGGCAAAGCACCGGUGCUGCCUUUGACAAAUGAGAAGUAUCUGACUUUUGGUCAUGGGCGACAUGCAUGUCCCGGCCGAUGGUUUUCGUUCCAGGUGAUGAAGAUUGCCAUUGCAUACAUCAUCAUCAAUUAUGACAUCCAGCCACUGGACAAACGCCCGGACAAUAUCGUUUUUGCGGAUCUCAACAUACCCCACUUAUCCCACAUCAUUCGGAUCAAGAGGAGAACAUGA